AUGUCGUCCGCAGACGAGCACCUCAAAUACCUGCGCCUCGCCAUCGACGAAGCCGAGAAAUGCGAACCCACGCCCACCGCGUUCUGCGUCGGCUGUGUCCUCGUCGCACGGUACCCUGAGCAGACCAGCCCACCCGUCGUCCUCGCCACCGGCUAUUCCAGAGAACUCCCGGGAAACACACAUGCUGAAGCCAAUGCUCUCGCGAAAGCCCAAUCGCUCCUCCCCGCCGAUCUCUCGACGCUCCUGAACGCCCCCGACAAGUCCCCCCUCACGCUCGAAGACGUCUUACCCCAUACCGAUGUCUACACGACGAUGGAGCCGUGCUCCGUAAGAACGUCUGGGCUCGCGCCGUGCGCCGAUGCGUUGGUUGCAGCCAGGGUUCGGCGAUGCCUGAUCGGUGUUGGGGAGCCGGAUGAUUUCGUCAAAUGCGAAGGGGCGACGAAGCUGAUAGAUGCGGGCGUAGAGGUCAUCUGGCUUCGGGGGUUCGAGGAGGAAUGCUUAGCUGCUGCUCGCAGAGGACACUGA